GUGGGUAAAGGACAGCUUGGCUCCCAGCGGCGAUCUGUGUGUGGUUUCGGGCCCUAGAAACAUUUUGGAUUUGCUUUCAUUCCUCCUUCUGAAGACCCAAGGUCGGCCACCAGGUUUGGGAGAUUUGAAACGCGGGGCUGAUUUUCCUCCCUGUUUUCCGGUUCUGCCCGCGGGAACCUUCGAGGAAGCGUGGAAGGAUGGGAAGGGCGUGCGCCUGCUGACCGGCCCCGUGUUGCCUCUGCGUGGCCGCGGUGUCCCGCCUUGGCUGCUCUAUGGAAUCGUACGCUUGUCACUUCAGGCCGAAGUUUUGUUUGUUAAUAGAAGUGAAACGGAUGCGUUGAGAGGGGACAAAGAUUUUAAAAGGCCCUUCCCCUACCCAACUUCCCCAAAGGCCCCAAAGACUGCAGAUUUAUCUAGUUUGCCGACACGAGCUCUUGAAUGUUCAGCGGACAAGGGCUUAAAUAUAAGAGAGUGGGAACUCCUAACAUUUUAAGGGAUUUGUGUGUAUUUCCAAAACUGACUUUUGACCGCCAUCCAACACCUGCUGCGUGAGAUUCCUGAGCGUCUCGCCAUCCUGCGGCUCUAACAUGUUCUGUUGGUUAAGUCGGCUGUACAGGGGUUUAUCCAGACCCACUAGAAGGACCACACAGCUGAUCUGGGGUUCUUUCUCCCGAAGUCUGGUACUGAGUUCACAGAGGAGAAUUCCAGAACUCAGUAGUUUUGUUGCCCGGACCAACACGUGUGGAGAGUUGCGUUCUUCUCACUUAGGCCAAGAAGUCACCUUGUGUGGAUGGAUUCAGUACCGAAGGCAAAACAUCUUCCUGGUCCUAAGAGAUUUCCAUGGGCUUGUUCAAGUUAUCAUUCCUCAGGAUGAGUCGGCUGCUUCUGUGAAGAAGAUUUUAUGUGAAGCCCCCAUGGAAUCUGUGGUGCAAGUGUCUGGCACAGUAAUUUCUCGACCUCCAGGACAAGAGAAUCCAAAAAUGCCAACAGGUGAGAUUGAAAUCAAAGUUAAAACAGCUAAACUUCUGAAUUCCUGCAAGAAGCUGCCCUUUGAAAUUAAGGACUUCGUGAAGAAAACAGAGGCUCUUCGUUUGCGGUAUCGCUACUUAGAUUUGCGUGGUGUCCAAAUGCAGUAUAACCUGCGACUGAGGUCCCAGAUGGUCAUGAAAAUGCGGGAAUAUCUCUGUAAUCUACAUGGGUUUGUGGAUAUAGAAACACCAACAUUAUUUAAAAGGACUCCAGGGGGUGCAAAAGAGUUUGUAAUACCAUCCAGGGAACCUGGAAAGUUUUAUUCUCUCCCUCAGAGUCCUCAGCAGUUUAAGCAGCUUCUGAUGGUUGGUGGUUUAGACAGAUAUUUUCAGGUUGCCCGAUGUUAUCGAGAUGAAGGAUCAAGACCAGACAGACAGCCCGAAUUUACUCAGAUUGACAUAGAGAUGUCCUUUGUAGAACAGACUGGCAUCCAGAGUCUAAUUGAGGGUUUGCUCCAGUAUUCAUGGCCCAGUGACAGAGAUCCUGUGGUGGUUCCUUUUCCUUCUAUGACUUUUGCUGAGGCGUUGGCCAGCUAUGGAACUGAUAAACCUGACACUCGCUUUGGGAUGAAGAUUGUAGAUAUCAGUGAUAUGUUCAGAAACACAGAGGUUGGAUUUCUUCAAGAUGCGCUUAGUAAACCCCAAGGAACCAUCAAAGCCAUAUGUAUCCCUGAAGGAGAAAAAUACUUAAAAAGGAAAGACAUUGAGUCCAUUAGAAAAUUUGCAGCUGACCAUUUUAAUCAGGAAGUCUUACCUAUAUUCUUGAAAACCAAUAACAACUGGAAUUCUCCAGUUGCUAAGUUCAUAAUGGAGGAGCAAGGCUUGGGACUAAUCAGACUGUUGGAGACCCAAGAGGAGGAUGUGGUCCUGCUAACUGCCGGAGAGCAUAAGAAAGCAUGCUCUUUGUUGGGAAAAUUACGACUGGAGUGUGCUGACCUUCUAGAAGCAAGAGGAGUGGCGCUUCGUGACCCAGCUCUGUUCUCUUUCCUUUGGGUUGUGGAUUUCCCCCUCUUCUUUCCCAAGGAGGAAAAUCCCGAAGAGCUGGAGACAGCCCAUCACCCGUUUACUGCUCCCCACCCCAGUGACAUCCACCAUCUUUACACUGAGCCCCAAAAGGUCCGUAGCCAACACUAUGACUUGGUUUUAAAUGGCAGUGAGAUAGGAGGUGGUUCUAUCCGAAUUCAUGAUGCAGAGCUACAGCAUUACAUCCUGGCAACAGUACUAAAGGAAGACGUGAAAUUGCUCUCCCAUCUGCUCCAGGCUUUAGAUUAUGGGGCGCCCCCUCAUGGAGGAAUUGCCAUAGGGUUAGACAGACUGAUGUGCCUUGUCACUGGAGCGCCAAGCAUCAGAGAUGUCAUAGCCUUCCCCAAAUCUUUCCAGGGGCAUGACCUUAUGAGCAAUGCCCCAGAUUCUAUCCCGCCUGAGGAAUUGAAGCCCUAUCAUAUCCAGGUCUCCUGGCCAACAGACUCAGAAACAAAAAAGAGUUCAUUGAAUCAUCCAUGCCAUCCAGAAAGUUGAGCUUUUGAGUUUUGUCCUCUUUGCUUCCCCAAGGCUAAAAUCAGAUCUGGAGUUCAGCCACAGAUCUGACUUCAAGUUUUUAAAUGGAAGGAAUCCAGGCAACAUUCUUCACCUCAAUGAAGAAACAGACAAAAGGUAUCCAAUUUUAACGAGAGCAUGCAUUAUUAGGAUUAUUUUAUUUGGGACUUUUUUGAAGUUUCUUUUUACUUGGAGAGGUGUGAAACAUGGCUUUUUGACAGAGUAACAUAAUGGCAUAGUGUUUUCUAAUCAUGUUUUUCAUACCCCGAUAGUAGAUUGUUCUCUUAGGACAGAGGUAAUCAAACCAUAUGUGAAAUGUGGGAAGAUUCUUGCCCCUUUAGACUGGUCCAUUGAUGGAGGGGUCAGUUCAACCAGCCUCAUCAAGAGAAUCCUAUAAAGGAAGCUGGAUAAUGACACUUCAGCUAUCAACAUAAUAUAGUGAGAAGCAACAUGAUAUAAAGUAAAAAAUCACUGAAAUAAAAGUCACAAGAUCUUAAUCAGUGCUUUACCUUGCAAGUUGUAUAAACCUCUCUUAGCGUCCCUUCCUGCAUGUGUGAAAUGUAAGCAGUACUUGCCCUGGCUCCCUCACUGGCCUCUUCUUGCCAGAAUCCUAGGAGAUAAUAUAUGUGGAAGAUAGUGUGAGUAAAAAUGCUUUGAAAAACUUUAAAGCAUUACUUAAAUGUAAGAUGGUGAUAUUAUUAUCCAUCUGUAAACAGUAUACAGAUAUAUCUAUGUAUUUUAUAGUUUAAGGUUAAACAAAACUGACAUCUGUGGUAAAAGGAAAACAGUAAUUUCAUUAAUCAGUAUUCUGCUUAUAUUUCUAUUUUUUAAAAUAAUCAUUAAUCCCUGAAUAACACUUUCCCUCAAUUAUAAGUAACUAAAAAUAUUAAUUGACCUUAAACCAACCUCAAAUGUAGAAAAGUGAACACUGAAACUCAUCGUGAUUUUCUUACACAUUCUGUUGACACAAAUAAAGGCUUAUAAUUAAUUAGCAGUUAUAAAAUGGGAAUAAGGCCUUGAUUAAUGACAUUGUUCUUUUCUACUUUAUCUUCACUUUUGCCUUGACAUUCUUUUGAUUUACAGUUUACACCAAAUAUCAGUCUUAUAUUCCAGCCUAUUUUUCUCAGUGCUGUAAGCAGUUUGAUACUACAAUCUUUCUGUUUGAAAAUAAAAUCAGCUUUGCUUCCAGGUCUAAUUUGUUAUGCUCAAUAGGCUGUGAAGAGUGUGCCCUUCACUGAUGCCAUUAAGUGGAGCUUUUCCCAAAAGUUUGUCCUUUAACCCAGUCUCUCCCCAUUUGUGGAUGUACUCUGGAGCCAGAAAAUUAUUGCUGGCAGAGUUCUUAUGGUGAGAAAGGCAUACAACUCUGCCUACCCUUUCUCAGUGGAGGGAAUUUCUAGAGAUGCCCUUUAUUAGGUAAGAAAAUGCAACUUUACAUUCAUUUACCCCACAUCUGCAUUACCUAGUUUCUAAAUAUAAUAAAUUUACUAUUAACUGUUUAGAACCUAAUUCUGACCAAAAUAUUGUCUUUCUAUCCUGGAAAUGAGAGUUACAGAAGAUACCCAAAAUCCAGAGACUAUUUUCUAGGCUACAGACACCAAAGGCCCCAAGUCCCCAGAUGUCAUACAAUCUCGUGUUGGCAUCACAGAGACCUAGUCACUUUGGGCAUCACUCAGCUUUUCUUCAGUCCUGCCUGUCAGGAAAAAGAAAAGCUUAUUCUGAAAUCCAGGGAAAUGUCACUUUUUUUUUUUUUUUGGCCACACCACGCAGCUUGCGGGAUCUUAGUUCCCUGACCAGGGAUUGAACCCAGGCCCUCAGAAGUAAAAGCGUGGAGUCCUAACCACUGGACUGCCAGGGAAUUCCCAUUAAUUAAAUAUUUUCUCAAAAAUAAAGAACGUAGUUACUGAUAAAAGUUGGAAACAACACAACCAGAGUUUUGGAACACACAAACUAAUUGUAAACUGUAAGCCAGGUUUCAGUUCCAAGUCCAAUCUCCCCAGCCUCCUAGGGAAUUUAGAUUUAUUCUAUGUUGCAAGUUUUAAAAACAAAGUAAGCAACUGCCAGCUACAAUAUCGAUAGUUAUUAGUGGCUUCAAGCGAGCUUUGUCUUAUGAGCAAUUUCUCCUUGUUGGGAAGAGAUGUGUUAGAUGAUUGUGACGUUUUAUGCUCGUGGGCUUUGGCUUUUAUGUCAUUUUAUGCUCAUGGGCUUUGGCGGAAUAAAACAAUGCAUCUAUACAGCUGCACUGUCUUUUCCCAGAGUUCCCCUCUCUGAAGAACCAGAACUGUGACACUGAUCACAUUCCUUGCUGCUGAUUUUUUGUUAAGCCUAACUCAUCCUAAAGAUGCUGCCUUAAGGAUACUUUUUUCUUGUUUCAUGGAAAGUGAGUUAUUUCAUGACAUGAGAAAUAACCAGUACACAAUAAAAAUAUUAGAUGGGAUACCUGUAUAAUAAUUGCAUAUGUAAGGCAUACAUUAAGUGCACUUCUAAGUCAGUCUUCUGUGUUUAAGACGAUGGACUUAGUAGAAAGAACUUGAGUUGGACAUAACUGGAUUUAAUUCCUGGCUUUAACACUCUCUAGUUAUGCAACCUUGGCCCAGUCAUUUAACCUCUUUAGGCUCCUGUAUCUUUACCUAGAAUAGCAGUUCUCAAACAUUUUGGUCUCAGGACUACUUACACUCUAAAAAUUAUUGAGGAUCCCAAAGAGUUCUAUAUAGCUCUUUUAUUGUAGCAGGAAUUAAGAUUUAAGAUUAAGAUUUAACCCAUUACAUGCUAGCAAAAAUAGUACAUUUUUAUUUUUAAAUUAAUUAUUUUCCCAAACAAAAAUUAGUGAGAAGAGUGACAUUGUUUCUGCAGAUCUUUUUGAUUUCUGGUUUAACAAAAGAUACUGGAUUCUCAUAUCUGAUUCUGCAUUCCAUCUGUUGUGAUAUGUUGUUUUGGUUGAAAUAGCUGAAGAAAAUUUGGUCUCACAUAAAUAUGAAGUUAGAAGAGCGAGGAGUAUUUUAAUAGCCUUCUCUGAAAAUAAUGGAUAUUCUUCUUUGAUACUACACCAAAACUUGAACAGGUUUCUUAAAGGUUAGUUGCAAUGUGUAAUCUGCAAUCAUAUUGGUAAAUUUUUCUAAAAUCCAUUGGUCUGUCUUAUAUUUUGAAUACAACUGUGUUAUGCCUGGUUUUGUAACACUGCACAUUGAUCAUUUGAAAAAUAUUGGAUCACUGAAUUAUGCAGAUCGUCCAGGUGUUGACAAAUUUCAUUAAACAAUAUCUAGAAAAUCACAUUGAUUAACAUCAUGACUGAUCUCAUCCUAAGUCUUUAAGUAUGGAGGUAUAAGUGCACAGUGACAGAUACAAGCUUUCCAAAAUUGUAGUUUUCAUUUGAAAGCUUGAAUUUUAUCUUUGACAACUAAUACCAUCAGAUUUUUUCCCAAACUCAUUUGUUUUUUGAGAAAGUAUCUGCCAGUAUCUGUGGCCUGGGCUUUGGUCUCUCUCCAGUUCCAAGGAAGAGGCUGAGGCUCUGGCGCAUCUCUGCCUUCCCUUCUGCCUGAGUGGGAGAGGCCAGGUGGCCCUGGUGG